UCUUGUUCGUCGCGUUGUUGUUGUCGAUUAUAUCGACAAUCAAAUACGGCAAAAUCGCAUCAACGAUGGUAGUGCUAAUCAUGUCGUCAGCAUUCUCAACUUUUUCCGCAUGGAAUCAGCGAAUCGGCGAGCUGGUUCAAACUAUGAAGUAGUGCGUAAAAUUCUCGGUCGGCGUCUACAUCAUUUCCAACGGGAACGUGCAUUCGAUGCGGCACGUGCUGCUUUAGCGCAGGUUGUUGCGGUUGGGCCCGCGUUACCUGGCCAUAAUGUGGAAGACGAACCACCGGCUGUUGUUGCUCAAUUAGCUGCAGCGGCAGGCGUUGUCGCACCAGCGGCGGCAGCAGCAGCAGAUCCUAACGCACCAGCGGCAGCAAAUGUUGUUGCGCCAGCGGCAGCAAAUGUUGCACCAGCGGUAGCAGUAGAUCCAAACGCACCAGCGGUGGUAAUAGAUGCGAACGCACCAGUGGCAGCAAAUGUUGUUGCACCAGCGGUGGCAGCAGAUCCAAACGCACCAGCGACAGCAGAUCCAAAUGCACCAGCGGUGCCAAAUCCAGACGUUUUUCAAGACGUUGAAGAAAUUGUCGGACCCGUACAAGAAGUAGAGUACGAUGGUGACAUCAUCGGUGAACUGCCUGGUCCGAGUAAUUUGAGCCGACGCUUAGAUGAAAUCCAAACAUCAUUGGACGUUAACGGUAUCACGCGGCUGAUCAACAGAUACACCGUUUUGGAAAUUGAACAAAUAAUGGAAAAAAAUUGGAAAAAAAUUCUAGAAAUUGAAAGAAUUUUUCGCAUGAAAAAAAUCGGAAAAAAUUGACUUACCAAAAGACAGUUCGAAAAUGCCUAGCAAAUCGAGAGAAUUUUUCCCAAAUUUUUCCCGCUAUCGAAGGUAUUUCAUCAAAUCACAAAAGUCGGACUUGGCGUAGAAGCAGUUGUUGGUGGCGUUUUGGUGGAUAAAAUCGAAUAUUUUAACUACAUGUCUGGAAUAAUAAAGACGUUUGGAGAGGUUCCUUAUUGUGGCGCAGUUAUCAUUUCACCAUCAAAAAUAAUUUCAGCUGCGCAUUGUGUAUAUAAUAGAACUUUGCCUACUUUGAUAGUAGGUACAUUAAAUACCAGUAUGCCUUAUGGCAUCGUGAAUGUUACUGAAGAUGAAAUGAUAAUACAUCCAGGAUAUGAUAAUAUGCUUCCAUUAUCCAACGAUUUAGUCGUGUUUGAACUUAAUAAAAGGUUGAAUUUCAAAGUCAAUAAAAUAAAUGAAAUAAAAUUGGUUAAAAGAAAUUAUGUACCGAAACCGGGAGAAGAAGUUUAUGCCCUUGGAUAUUCAAAACCUCAAGUGAUUUCUGACGAGACAAAUAUAAACGGCCACACUUUACAAUUAGUGUUUUCAACAAUUUCGGAUUUCAAUACAUGUCAAAAUGACUACCACACAUUUCUUGAAGGUUUCUUGAGAAAAUAUAACGUAGAUGGAUUAGAUAUAUGGGCUGGAUUUAAUGUGCCAAAAAUAGACAAAACUCAAAUUUGUAUUAGUACACUUAAUGGAAACAGUAUUUUAAACAAAGGCGAUUCAGGAGGACCCCUUAUUACAAAAAAUAACGAAUUACUUGGUUUAGCGUCCUUUAGCGAAGAAGGUCUACCUGCGGUUUUUACAUUAGUUUCUCAUCAUCUUGAUUUUAUUCAUCAUCCGAAGAAAUUCGUUGCUGAUUAUAGGGCUAAACAUCAUUCUGAACCAAAUCCACACAUGAGAACAGUGGUAGUAUAAGGAUUUGAUGACAUCUAGCAAUGUAUUAUUUGGCAUACACGCAAACUUCAAAAACUAAAAUGUGUUUUGCUUUCGUAAUAAACUGCUUUCGUUUGAUAUCAACAAUUGA